GGAGGCGAGCGAGGCUUAUCCGUCGGUACCUCAAAUCAACUUUAUAAAAGCAAAUCAAAGUGGUCGUUCGAAUUUCGAGAAACCAAUACGGAGAAUUAAGAUUGAAAAUCGAAACGCCGAGCGAGCGUUGUACAGAGUCGACAGACUGCAGAGAGCUGAGAGAGAUACACACAGACGCAGAGAUCUUCAUUCAUCCAUGGCGGCGUCCAAGGCCUACUUCGCUAGGGCGAGCCACCAUUUCCUGUCCGGAGACCGAGACGCGCCUAUCGCUUCGGACUCCAUCUUCGAGCUCGACGAGUCUGACGUUUGGAAUACGGGGAGUUCCUCGUCGCCGGAGUUCCGGAAAUCGGUCUCGAUUUCGCGAGUCUCGAAGAAUCCGGCGGGGAAGGGAGGAGCGGUUAGGGGAGCGGCGGCGUCGCUGCCGGUGAACAUACCGGACUGGUCGAGGAUACUGAAGGAGGACUAUAAAGAGGGGCGGAGGAGGGACAGCGAUGAUGAUCUCGGCGAUGGCGGAGAGGAUUGGAUUCCGCCGCACGAAUUCCUGGCGAGGACGCGAAUCGCGUCCUUCUCGGUGCACGAAGGCAUAGGGAGGACUCUGAAAGGGAGAGAUCUAAGCAGAGUUCGGAACGCGAUUUGGCAGAAAACCGGAUUCGAAGAUUAGGCUGGCGUAUCACGUGAUAUUAUAUAUUUUUGAAAAUCAUCUCGACUGUUUUAACUGCUUUUUGUUUUUUUCACUUUUCUCUUCUUUUUUUUCUUCUUAAAACUCUUGAUUUUAUUCCAGUUUUGCGGUGAAUGCAGCCAGCAGCAGCAGCGAACACGAGAAAGCGAAUUACUAUUGCAUGUAAUUCAUAUUUCUGAGAGGAAAUCAAAGGAACGGCUCUUUUAAGUUUUAA